GGGCUGUGAGGGGUUCGGCGGGGCUCUCUGUGGGAGACCGGAGCUUCCGGGUCUCUGUUCCGGUUAGAUCAGGGUUUGGACUCCACUGUUAGCCUGCUAGCUGUUAGCAGCGGUGUUGCGUCCUUCAGCAGAUGGUCGAGAAGUUCCCGCAGCUUCAUCCAGAAAUCUUCCCUCGUAUGUCUGGGGCGCUUAGCCGGAUCAUGCUGCUCACUGCUCUGCCAGUUUGUUUCGUUAAUCCUCGGAACCACUGGAACUAGAGACUGGGAGCUAGCUUAGCCUCACCGACACCAGACUCCCUUUAAAAAUGACUCAUUUAAGAUUUCCUUCGAGUUGGACUGAAACCUAUACAUAAGAUUUAAAGGGUCAAAGGUCAGGAAAAGAAGGUGGGGUGUCUGUUCAUUUCGGCUGAAACUGAACGCAUCACUCAUUAAAACACGUGAACAGGAUGUGACGUUUAGGUGUAGCAACAGAGCUCCUGUUUGAACCUUGACCUCUCAGUGUAGGGCAGAGCUUUAAACCAGGGCCCAUCAUUGUUGCUGGGCGGCCUUCCCCCCACCUGUUGCUGUGCACUGCAUGCCAGCUGGCUGAAAGAUGGCUACUAGAAGUUUUGCCUCCUUCGCAGUAGAGAGAGGUGUGAAAACUGAAGGAGCUCAUUUCUCUGCUCUGUUGGUGAAACAUGGUGUGAAGCUAUCGGAGCAGACAGCCUGGCUAACUGAAAACAGCUGCUAAAUCCAUUCAUUGUUCACAUGGUUUCCCAUAAUGUCUGUCCGGUUCUGACUGGUUCUAAUGGGAUCUGAUCCGAUGCCGCCGGUCUGCGGGUUUCUGGUCCCAACCUGAGUUCUGCUGGAAAGUUCUGUAGAAGAGGUGAGCCAGGUGAUGGGCGGAGCCAACAGGAGGCCGGCUGGCUCUUCCUUCUCCAGAGGGAUGCAGACGGUGACUCUGAUUCCAGGGGACGGCAUCGGCCCGGAGAUUUCUGCUGCCGUGGUCAAGAUCUUUGACGCGGCUAAGGCUCCGGUCCAAUGGGAGGAGAGGAACGUGACGGCCAUCAAGGGACCCGGAGGGAAGUGGAUGAUCCCUGCAGACGCCAAAGAGUCCAUGGACCGCAGCAAGAUCGGCCUGAAAGGUCCUCUGAAGACGCCCAUCGCCGCCGGUCAUCCAUCCAUGAACCUGCUGCUCAGGAAGACCUUUGACCUCUACGCCAACGUGCGUCCCUGCGUGUCCAUCGAGGGCUACAGGACGCCGUACACAGACGUGGACCUGGUCACCAUCCGGGAGAACACGGAGGGCGAGUACAGCGGCAUCGAACACGUGAUCGUGGACGGCGUCGUUCAGAGCAUCAAGCUGAUCACGGAGGACGCCAGCAGACGCAUUGCGGAGUACGCCUUCGAGUACGCCCGGAACAACCAGAGGAGCAGCGUGACGGCCGUCCACAAGGCCAACAUCAUGCGCAUGUCGGAUGGGCUGUUCCUCAGGAAGUGUCGGGAGGUGGCCGAGAACUUCAAGGACGUGAAGUUCACGGAGAUGUACCUGGACACCGUGUGCCUCAAUAUGGUUCAGGAGCCGACCCAGUUCGAUGUCCUGGUCAUGCCCAACCUGUACGGAGACAUCCUCAGUGACCUGUGUGCCGGUUUGAUUGGAGGACUGGGAGUCACUCCCAGCGGGAACAUCGGCGCCAACGGAGUCGCCAUCUUUGAGUCGGUGCACGGAACCGCCCCGGACAUCGCGGGCCUGGAUCUGGCCAACCCGACCGCCCUGCUGCUCAGCGCCGUCAUGAUGCUGCGCCACAUGGGGCUGCACCAACACGCCGCCAAGAUCCAGACGGCGUGCUUCGGCACCAUCAAGGAGAAGAAGGUGCUGACCAAGGACUUGGGAGGAAACUCCAAGUGCUCAGAGUUCACCGCUGAAAUCUGCCGUCGAGUCCAAGACCUGGACUGAAACCAGGGGGCGGAGGGG